AGAGAGAAAGGGCUGAGUUGGGAUCAUUUUCAGCAACAUAAGCUCUGGUCUCAAAGAUUCAGCCAGGAAGCAAGUGAAAAGUCAAGAGAGCAAAAGUAAAGCAGAGAGCAAGCAGAGCAAAAGUCAUACGCCAUUCAGUGAUCUACAAGCUCUGCCUAACAGGGGAGUUUCAGAGGAUACAGAGUACUACAAAAGAGAGUCAGAUAAUAAAGAAAAAGAAAAAUGGAUCCCAACAAGUCAUCAAGUGCUCCUCCACCAGGCUGGAAUCCAGAUGAGAAAUCAGCCAUGGGACAGCCUGCACCACCACCUUACCAGGACUAUCAACAGGGAGUUUACCCAGCUGCCUAUCCACCGCCUCAGCCUUAUGGAGGAGCCGCCCAUCCACCGACUCAGCCUUAUGGAGGAGCCCCCUACGGGCAACCCUACCCCCAGGGUCAGGUUCCCCCGGGGCAGUAUUCACAGCCUGCUGUUAUGGUCCAACCCACCGUCUAUGUGGCCAGAGGCCCUCUGCCCAAUCCCCUGCCAGAUUAUCUUGGCUACUCCAUUUUUACCAUGUUGUGCUGCUGUUUACCAUUAGGCAUUGCAGCUCUCAUUUACUCCAUCUCGACUCGAGAUGCUAAUAACCAGGGGAACCAGCAGCAGGCUGAGCGGAGCUCCCGACUCGCACGAAACCUGAACCACGCUGCACUGGGGAUUGGCAUCACCUUAGUCGUUCUGUGGAUCAUCCUUGUCACAGUUGCCAGGAACUGAUCUGCCAUCAGCUCUUGGCAACAUCAUGCAUAUGUUGGCCUUAUACAAAGAAGCCAUUUGAAGCUGACCAUAUUCCAAAGAAAAAUGUUGUACGUUUUGUCCAAUAUGUUUUUUGUCUUCCCCUCAUUUCCUUUAUGAAGCUUUUGCAUUCUACAGUUGUCAAAUUAUUUGCAUGCUUUGCUGCUUUUUGUUUAGCAUCAGGUCUUAUAGGGCAUUAUAUAGUGGUUUGGAUGCAAAAUUCAUUUAAAUUGUUUGUUUAAAGAGACAUAUACACAUAAAUAUAUAUCUCAUCUAAUAAACCAUCUCUUUUCAAUAUUUCAAAAAUUGUAUCGCAGAAUAUCAGUAUCAGCAUUUCAAAAUACAUUUUCCCCCACAAUUAGCAGCUACCUGCUUAGCAAUGUAAAAUACACACUGAUUGAGAAACACAGUUCAUUCAGUUCACUCAGAUUAGGACAGCCUAAGGUUAUGAUCAUUCUAAAAAGAGGACAGUUUUUCCAAAGUGGGAAAUAUCUAUAAUGUGUUUUCUUAAAUAUGCAAAUGGCUUUUGCUUUGUAUAUGAAUACACCCAUGUAUACAAAAAAGUUAUAUUCUAGCAUAAUAAGAUCUAUAGUGCGACUGAGUAAACUAAACCGUGUAAACUAAAUGCCAUGUAAACCAAAUGCCACGUGAACUUCUAACUUAAGUUAGGUAUUUUAUGCUUGUUGCACAGUCACAGGCAAGAUACAUUACAUUUUUAGGCUUCAUUUUACAACCAUAACAUUGCAAGACUAUGCAGAGGGCCACAGCAAACCAUUGUAUUUUAAUGCUAAGUCUAAUUAGGUUUAAUUUCUUUCAAAUCCCACCGGUAUCAUUUUGAUAUGUUUUGUUAUGAGUAUAUGCAAUAUAGUUUAGUUUCACUCAUACUCUGUAUUUUAUGGGGAAGAUUACUAUAGAACAUCCUAUAAAUGUUCGUUUGUUUGGUACAAUAGAAGUUUAUACCAUAAGUGAAUACACUGUAACAAAAACAUAUAUAAACAAAUGAUUUAAUAAAUCUGAAAGCCUUAAACAUUA